AUGUUUUCCAUAUUUGUUCAGCCUCCUUGAUUCAAAUACCAGGAACAACUCAGCCAGCACAAAGCGAAGCUUUGGGGGGCAAAAAACUCACACCCCCACCCGUGCGCGCACACACACACGCACGUGAAAACCAAGUUCAUCAGCAUGGGAAAGGAGAAGAAACCCCAGCACGGCACGUCCCCGAAUAACCAGAGCCAGGCAGGGAAGGCACCUGAAGGGGAGAGAAGCACCGACUCGAGCAAGACGCAGGAGUCCGCGACGAAGAAGAAGAAGAAGCAGAAGAAAGCCAAGGGGGAUUCCAAAACGGGCCAGGAGGAGGAAUCCCACACUUGUUGUGGCUGCCGUUUCCCGCUGCUGCUUGCUUUGUUGCAGCUGGCAUUAGGCACCCCUGUAACAGUGCUGGGCUUCCUUAUGGCAGGCAUCAGUUCUUCUCUGCUAGUCAGAGACACUCCAUAUUGGGCUGGGAUAAUUGUCUGUGUGGUGUCCUUGGUGGGAUUUGUUAUGCUUUGUAUUUCAUACCAACCUGAUGAGAAGACCUGUGUGCAGUUCACAGUAAAGCUGAUGUAUUUUCUCCUGAGUGCCCUGGCUCUGGUUGCCUGUGUUUUGGCAGUGGCUUUUGCUGCACACCAUUAUUUGCAGAUGACCAAAUUUACCUGCGAUACCAUCCUCGAGUCCUGUCAGUGCAAACUGGACACUGCAGACCCCCUUGGCAGGACCUUCAUCUACGAGGAUGCAGUUGACUGUGAUAGCCUCACCAGCAUGCUCAACCUGUACCUACUUCUGCAGAUGGCUCUCAACCUGGUGGCAGCCCUGGUGUGCCUGUUGACAUGCUUUGUGAUGUGGAAACACAGAUACCAGGUCUUCUAUGUGGGCGUUCGGUUUCACCCUCUAACUGUUACUGAAGGCCAGAAGCAGAAAGUGUAG